AUGAGCUUUCCUGCAAAUACACACGUCCUUAUUCCUAAAGCCCCUCUCAAAACCGGCGAAGGAAAAAAGGUUCUUGAUCUACUGAACGAUGUGAGUACACAUGUUGUUAAGAAUGAACCUUUUACUUCAUGCUACUACUUUGGCUACGAUGCCGCCAAUCCAGAUUCCGUUUGGGGCAUUGAAGUUUAUGAAAACAAGGACGCUUUGGAAAGUAAGCAUAUGGUUUCACCACCUUUUCUAAAGUUUGCCGGUUAUCUCAGCUCAGAGCAGUCACCAAUGGUUGAACCUAUCCAAUUACUGAACUUCGAAGUCGUAGAUGGUUUUUUGAACAAAAACGGCGCUCCUGAAUCUCUUGAUGAUUACCUUGUUUAUACUGAAUACCAAGCUUCUGGUAAUCCCGAUGAAUUAAAGGAGCAGCUUACGGUGGAUCAAGAAGCUGACACCAGCAUUAUCCUUCACUCUUUGGAUGAUUCUUUGCUCUUUGCUACAGUAACUAGAUAUGCCAAUGGCCGCAAGCAACCCGAACCUGCCCAAGUUCCUGGUGCUGCUGCUACCGUUCAGCAUGUGAAGUACGCUGGCGUGGGAUUUUUGACACAUAACUAA